AUGGUAUACCCCAGGGGCGUAAUUGAAAAUCUUUUGGUCAAGGUGGAUAGUUUUAUAUACCCUGCUGAUUUUGUGGUUCUGGAUUCAAAUGAGGAUGAUGGUGACUCGGUUAUACUGGGAAGGCCAUUCUUGGCCACUGCUAGAGCUAUCAUAGAUGUAGAGGAAGGGGAAUUAACUCUCAAGAUGCAUGAUCAGAGUGUCACUUUAAAGGUAUUACCAGAGGCACAAUUUAGCAAGGAGAAGAAAGACUAUAUGAAAAGUGACAAGGGAGAAUCACAGUUGAAGGAAGAAAAUGACAAGGAGAGUCACAGCAACAUCCCAAAGAUAAGAGUUGUGCAGACUGGUGAAGGAGCCCAAGAGGAUAUUGGAGUAUUAGCCACUGAGAAGAGAGGUCCCCAAGGGAAACCUACGGCCAGAAAAGAAAGGUCAACAAAAGGAAAGAUGAAACGCAGAAACAAAACAAAAAGGGGUUGGAAGAACAGGAAGAUCCCAACAGAGGGGCUUUCCAAAGGUGACAAAGUGCAACUGAUAUAUUAA